UUUUGGUAGUUCUUAAUUUUCCUUCCAGUGAUAUUUUUUCUUUCUUUAAUCUUUUCCUCUUUCGUCAGAGAUUUUAUUCCUUUCAUAUCGAUUGAGAAAUCGAGAGAAUUAUUGCUUGUUUUGACGUGAGUAAGCCUCCUGAUAUGGAUUCCAGGCGAGAAUCCUAAAGUGGAGGGCUUUCUGUAUUUGCAUUUCUUUCCAAAUGUCUCCUCGAAUUCGUGGCGAUGCUAGGGUACCUUGCGGAUCCAUGACUGCCAAUUCGUUUCACGGAGUCUGAUCCAGAUGUUUCCAAACUGUUUCUCGAAAUCGCUGCUCAGAAACAGGGGUUGUGUUGAGUGGUCUUUUCUGUACUAGAACAUCUCAGGCCGUUUAGAGAUUGUACUGAUCAAUAAGCUUCUUUUGAAGUCAACUUUUUGCCGGCACUUCUUGCUCAGAACGAAGUUCUCGGGGAACUGACUAAACACUAUGCCGGCUAUACAGAAACUUUAUGAAGCCUGUAAAGUAUCCUUGUCUCCGAAUGGACCAAUUUCAGAAGAAGCUCUUGAAAAAAUUCGUGCUAUGUUAGAUAAGAUGAGGCCUUCUGAUGUGGGUCUUGAACAGGAGGCACAGUUGGUACGUGGGUGGAAAGGUUCUUCUCACGGUAUAAAUGGAAAGAAAGGACGUAAUGGGAGCCAGCAGUAUCUGCCUCCAAUAAAGUAUCUGCAUUUGCAUGAGUGCAGUAGCUUCUCUAUAGGGAUAUUCUGCAUGCCACCGUCAUCUAUCAUACCCCUUCACAAUCAUCCUGGGAUGACUGUUUUGAGCAAGCUUCUAUAUGGUUCAUCACAUGUGAAAUCGUAUGAUUGGCUUGAUUUCCCUGAGCCUGCUGAUCCAUCUCAAGCGAGGCCUGCAAAGCUUGUUAAGGAUUGCGAGAUGACUGCUCCAUGUGGGACAACAAUCCUUUACCCAAGUACUGGUGGCAACAUCCAUUCUUUCAAAGCCGUGACACACUGUGCUCUUUUUGACAUUCUGUCACCCCCUUACUCUUCUGAAGAUGGACGGCACUGCUCCUAUUUCCGUAAGUCCCCAAGAAAGGAUCUACCAGGCAUCGACGAGUCAAGUGGAAUAGACGCCUCCGAAGUGACUUGGUUGGAAGAGUUUCAACCCCCUGACAACUUUGUUGUUCGGAGGGGGGUGUACAAGGGCCCCAUUAUCAGAACUUGAGGGAUUAUUGGGUUGGGUGUAACAUAGAAGUAAAAAGAUGGGCUCUGAUUAUUAGGAAACAUUGAGGUGAAUACUGGUAUAUGGGCUGUUGAUAAGUGAUAAUAAUUACUAUAAUUGGCAAUGUAAGUUGUUCAUUUGGUUUGUACA